AUGACAUCUCAUGCUGAGCCGCCGGAAGGAUUGGCAAACAACAACAUCAACGGCGAAGAGGCCAACAUUUAUGGCAACGUUGACGAGCGUGGCGACGACAGGGCCCAGGAUGACUAUUCAGACUCCAAUUCAGACGACGAGCCCUUAGAUAAAGACCACAAGGAGAAAAACAGAAGGCCCGCUGAUAAUGCGUUUCGGCAGCAGAGAAUGAAAGCGUAUAACCCGGUGCUCACGGCAAAGACCGUCAUACCUAUCUUGAUCGGGAUUGCAAUAGUUUUCGUGCCACUCGGCGCGGCCAUGUGGUAUGCAUCCUACAAGAUUGAAGAAAUUGUCAUUGAUUACUCCCAGUGCGAAAAUUUGGCCAAUGCUGAUUACUGGACUGGUAUUCCUACAAAUUAUACGCAAUUCAACUACCGUAAACUGUUUGACAGCGUUAAGCCUUCGUUUGCUUGGAAAUUGGCCACUGAUAGUUCGCAAGAGUUUGAAGACGAGCGAAGAGUUUGUAUGAUUCAAUUCCAGGUCUUGGAAAAAAUCAAGGGCCCCUUGUACUUGUUUUACCGUUUGCACAAUUUCUACGCCAACCACCGUCGUUUCGUCAAGUCCUUUAGCGAGGACCAGUUGAAUGGCAAAGUGGCAAGUUUAGACGACAUCAAGAACACCGUGGGCCAAAAUUGCCAGCCCUUGUCCGAUGUAAAUGGAACACGCAUCUAUCCAUGUGGAUUGAUUGCAAACAGUUUGUUCAACGACACGUACUCGGCCGCGUUCCGUGCUGUUAACGGUACCUCGUCAGACAAGACGGUGCUUCUUACAGACAAGGGUAUAAACUGGGCUACAAACAAGAAUCGGUUCAAAAAGACCAAAUACAACUAUACCGACAUUAUCCCUCCUCCAAAUUGGUACAAGAUGUUCCCCAAUGGCUACAACGAGACGAACGUGCCUGAUAUUUCCACUUGGCCACAGUUCCAGAAUUGGAUGAGCCCUUCGGCACUCGCCACCUUCAACAAGCUAGCACUUCGUAACGACUCAGCUAGCUUAGAAAGCGGUGUUUACCAAAUCAACGUGGGCUUGCAUUUCCCCGUUUUGCCUUACAACGGCCACAAGUACAUCUACAUCUCGCAGAGAUCGGUUAUGGGAGGCAAGAACGACUUUUUGGGCAUUGCGUGGAUGGUGGGCGGUGCCAUUUGUUUUGUCCUUGGAUUAGCUUUGCUAAUUAUCAAUUUCAUCCAUCCUAGAAAAACGGGAGACGUGAACUUGUUGAGUUGGAAUAAGGAGAAGGCGGAGAGGGACGAAGAUAGUGCUGCAAAAGCUACUGGAUUUGAGAAAUAG